AUGGCCAGUCCACUCUUAGGGCUCUUAGCCCUUCUCGUAAUUCCAGUAUUCUUGGUUCUGUUCAGCCUGUGGCUCUGGUCAAUUGGAAGAGUCCUCAAGCAAAUACCUACCGAUGCGCGUGCGUGGUCUCCGGAUCGCUGGGAUAUUGCGGAAAUUCGAAGGAUUGGCGCGGAGGUGUUGGAAAAGCCACUCGAUACACUGCCAUAUCUCCCACCAGCGACCGGGAGACGCUACAUUGUGGUCGGAGGCUCAGGCAAGUUCGGAAUUAGUCGUUCGAUGCAUCGCCUUGACGUGUCGCAGGCUUUGUGGGUGGUUGGAUUGUCCGUCAUCUCCUGCUUCGAGGUGAAGAUCCCAAGAAUAUACGCGUCGUUAACAAACGUCCGCCCACGCGAAAAGACAUCCAAGCUGACAAGAUCGGCUUCAUCUCUGCGGACAUCACGAACUCCGACUCUAUACGCGCAGCAUUAA